AUGAAGGACCAGAAGACUCUCUUCAUCGACGUCCGGAACCGAGAGGAGUUUCAGAGGACCAGCUCCAUUCCCCGGGCCGUCAAUUUCCCCUGGACGGACAUCGCGUCGGACGUGCGCCUGCCCCCGAUCGAUUUCUACCGACGCCACGGCUUCUUCCUCCCGACCUCCAACUACCACCGCAUCGUCGUCUUCGGCCAGAACUUGGCCCAGCGGAUGCUGGAGGCAUUCGGAUACGAGGAUCCCCUUGCCUACCUUGGCGGGAUCACCGACUGGGUGAGCCACUUCGGCUCCACAGAGAAGAUCCGGAAGGGAGACGGAGGGGAGUCGGACUCCACCGACCGGUUCGCCCGGCCCCACGAGCGGAUGCGAUUCUCGGAGUCGGACGACCGGACCAGGCCCUUGGAGCACGGCGACCGGGCUCGGCCCUUGGAGCACGGCGACCGGGCCCGGCCCUCGGAACAGGGCGACCGGGUGAGAUUCUCCGAGCCGAUGCAUCAGACUCGAGUCGUUGCGUCGCAGGACAUCAAAGGCAGAGUCGACGUGUCGUACGAAGAACUGUUGGAACGGAUGAAGGACCAGAAGACUCUCUUCAUCGACGUCCGGAACCGAGAGGAGUUCCAGAGGACCAGCUCCAUUCCCCGGGCCGUCAACUUCCCCUGGACGGACAUCGCGUCGGACGUGCGCCUGCCCCCGAUCGAUUUCUACCGACGCCACGGCUUCUUCCUCCCGACCUCCAACUACCACCGCAUCGUCGUCUUCGGCCAGAACGUGACGCAGGGGCUCCGGGCGCUGGAGCUCUUCCACUCCGCGAGCUACCCCGUCUGCGACGUCUACGCGGGGCUCGACGACUGGCGACGGCGAUCUUCUCCCGGCCUCGUCGAUGACGACCGCGUCGGGAACCACGUGGACUCCGAGGACAGGCGAAGGGUCUUGGAACGCGAGAGCCAGCGGGAGAAGGAGAGAGGAGAGAGAGAGACGAAAGGGAAGGCGAUACGGGAGAGCCGGCCCCGCAUGAGCUCCUCCCUCCUGGCGAAGGUGGACCUGAAGGUGCUGCCAGAGCCGAUGGACGACGAGGUGAACGUCGUCCUCGUCGGGUACAACACGACCGUGAUCGCGGGGGCCGUCCGAUCCCUCCAGAGGCUCGGGUACAACAACAUCUUCAUCUUCGCGGCAGACAAGGAGACCCAGACCUUCCCACGGACGGAGGCAGCGAAUCGCAUCCGAACGGCCCGGAAGGAGGAGGCCCCCCCGGACCUAGUGACGAGGACGAGCAACAGCUUCUUCACCCAGCCGCUCAGGGAAUCGCAGUCGUCCACGCCAGCUGUAGAAAAGAACGAGGAAGAAAUCGACUUCAAGACGUUGUACAAGCUGGUGUCCAGCGGGGAGGCGAAGGUGAUCGAGGUCAGGAGCGCGGCGGCCGUUCGCAGAUUCGGCAAGAUCCCCGUGUGGGAUCUCCGCGAGGUGCUGAUCAUGGAUCCCGAGCUGUUCGAGGCGAAGUACGGCUUCAAGAAGCCCCUCCGCGAUGGCUCCGACCUCGUCGUGUCCUGCGACCGGGAUGAAGUGGGACGGGAGGCCCUGCGUCGCCUCCAGAUCCUCCGCUACGACAACGCCUUGCUCUUCCCCGGGUGCUUCCAGGAGUGGAUGGACAACGGGGGGCCCGUCGAGCAUCUCGGACCGUCUAGGAUCACACCGAGCGAGCUGCAACGUCUGAUGGCGAGGGGAAACGCAUACGUGCUUGACGUCGGAGAUCCUGAACUGGAAAACAGGAAGCCCUUCCCCCGAAGCGUCCAGAUCCCAUGUGAGAACCCUCUUAUUCCACCCUUUUAUGCCAACCUUUUGUGCCAACAUUUCUCCCAGCUGCCGACGGCAUUGAACCUGAGCGCUCAGGACUUCCAGGUGAUCUACAGCCACCCCCGCCCCGAUCCGGCCGGAAAGGAGACGAUCGUCGUGACGGCGCCCAACGCCCAGACCAUCCUGGAUGCCGCCAAGGUCCUCAUGCAACAUGGGAACCAUAACGACCGGACAACACGACCCAAUGCGCACGCGCAGCUUUCCGCCUGGGUCGGGGUGCCCGUCUUUCACGAAAACACCCACUUCCCUUCCAGCCCUGGCGGUUGA